AUGUUGCAGCAAUAUUUUAAAGGGUUAAAAAAUAAAAUAACACCUCAAAAGGCUCAACCUACUCAUGCUGAACAAUUAGCAAAAUUUCGUAAGUCAUGGAAUUAUAUAGAGUCGCAAUUUGAUGAAAAUGAAAGAAAACAACCGCUUCCUAGUCACAACAAUCAAACAGAAAUUCCUCACCACCUUAAACAAAUGGUUGACCUUCUUGUCGAUGAAGGUUUAAGACUUGAAGAUGUAAAUACUGGUCUUUGUAUGGAGGAAUUUUUAAGAAAUAACGUUCUAACAAAGUUAGUUAAGUAUGCCAAAGAUGAUGUUCCAAAAGAUGAUCGAUUUUUGGUUCACAACGCCGUUCAUCAACCGACCGUUGCCCUUUUGCGAAUGUGUGUUCACGAUUAUCAGGGCGAUAGAUAUGAUGAAGACCUGGUUGAUUUAAUGUAUUACAUUUGUUCAAAGAUUCAUGCAUUUCAUGAACUUUUACAUAUCUUUUUCCAUGAUACUCAUUGGCUUACUACCCCUCAAAAGACUUAUUUAAAAAAAGAAUCCGAAUAUCAAACAAAUUUUUCAAAUAAUAGUCAAGAUGGUAAUCUGGAAGAAGAUUCUCCAUCAGACAAUAAUACAAAAUCAACUGAGGCUACAAAAACAACAGAAUUUACUGAAGAACCUGAAAAACCAGAAUAUGAAUUUUUGCUUUUCUCAUAUUUACUUCAAUUCCUUCAUAGAGAAGGUAAAAGUGGUGAAUAUGCCAGAUAUGGUUUACUCUUCAUUAUUGAACUUGCGGUUGCUGAAGGUCCUUUAAGUAAAUUCAUUCUUGAAAGUGAUUUUGCAACAAUUAUGGCAGCUGGAUUAGGGGCACUUUAUUCACAAUUACCACGAAAAUUAAUGGUUAAAAGUUCAAGUGGUGGAUUAACAAAUGCAACCCUUCUUGGUUUCGGUGAUAACACAAGUGCUGAACUCUCAAGAUUACGUAAUAGUGGAAUCGAGGUGUCUUCUUCAUUGAUAUUUAAAAGUCAACUUGAUUCAUUUUUAAAGUUAUUGGAAUUUUGUCAAGACGUAUUAAAUAUUUGUCAUAGUAAUAUUUCAAAAGCAUUACUUGGAAAUGUUAAAACUUUUUUCCUUGAAAGUAUUCUUUAUCCAUCAAUCUUAGAAUGUUCAGAUCACGAUGGUUCAGCUGUUGCUGUCAUUUCAUAUAUUGAUAUUAUUAUGCAAACAUUAAAUCAAAAAGAUUUAGUUGAUGUAAUUGUGGGAUUUUUAAUGGAUUCGGAUGGUGACAAUGAUGAAUUUUGGGAGAAAUCUACUGCGCCAACUGCAUCCACUGCACCUACCUCCAAAAUUACAAAACGUCAAACUAUAAAUUUAUUCGAAGGUAUUGAUGCCAGUCCCAUAAAAUCUUCUCCUUAUUUUACAGCUGAAGGACGCUUUACUUUAAAGGAUCUUAUAUUUUCACGUUUACGUUCUUCUUCACAACAAACUGUCAUCGCAACUUUGAAAUUACUUAAUACUGUCAUUUCUAAACAUUGUCGAUUCUCAUUAAAAUUAUUAAAUGUUGAAUGGGAUGAUAACGCGACAUGUUUUCCGAGACCAAAUUAUUUAUUGGAUGAUUUUUGUAAUAAUGAUUCACACGCUAGUUUCGCACAACCUAAUAAAAGGACAACAAUUAGUCAUCAUUUGAGAGAAUUAGAUCUUUUCUUUUCUUUAAUUUCUGCAAUAGAUCCAACACAAAAUAUGGAGAUUUUUACUAAUGGAUACGAGUCAUAUGUUCGUGAUGCAGAAUUGAUUAUUGAAGCGGAUACAUGUUAUAUAUGUGGUCAAGAUGUAGAAUGGACUGAAGAAGGGCCAACCAGACCAAAUCCAAACAAAUUGAAUAAACAACGAUUAGCAAAGUGCGGUGUUCGAAGGCAUCGUCUCAAUCCUACUGAUCGUGUAAAUCCAAAUGAAUCACUUUUGCAAAUUCUCCUUGGCACUUUGUCAAAUUUCUUUGCUCAUUCUCCCGAAUUAAAUUUAACAUUGACUGGUGUCCUUUCAGCUUUGGCGGUAUGUCCUUAUCGUUCUUUAGAAGGUUGGCUUGUAUUUAGUGGUACUGAUAGAUUGGAUAGAGAUAAUAGACGUGAUUCAUAUUUGAGAGAUAUGGAAAGUCUUCAACAUGAAGCAAGAAAUUUAGAAAUUUCACUCGGUAUUGCGAGCCAUGAUAAUCAUACAAAUGAGGAUGGUGAAGACAAACCAAUUAAUGAUUUUGAUGGUGACGAUGAUCGAUCCGUUGAUUAUGACGCCGACAAAAGUCCAUCAGCUACCAAGGCAAUUGGUGCUACACCAAGAUGGAUUAAUUUCCCGCCCUUUUUCACAAUAUUUAAAACUUUAACUCAACAAGUUGAUUAUUAUCGAAGUGAAAUUGAAGGAUUUGACCAAUUUCUUCAAGAAAGAAGAAGCGGUUUAUUAGAUGCAGAGGAUGAAAUUGAUGAAAACUUCUUUAGUCAAUCAAAAUUUGUAUCAAAUGCACCCUCCAAAAGAGGAGCUACUAGUAAUCAUAGUCCUUCCCCAAGAAGUCGUAGAAGUACUUCAUCUGCUUCUUCAUCAAAACCCCAAGUUCCUAAAAGAGCAAAUUCAUUAUCACGAUCAAAUUCGACAUCAUCUAGUUCACCACUAUCAUUUAAAUCUUCAGCUAUAUCAUCAUCUAAUAUAGUUACACCACUCUCAACACAUUUCUCCAAGACUGAAAACAUUAAGAUUCAACCUCUUUUCCCAGCGCAUUUCAUAAAUGAAGAUGAAGAGGAAGAUUCAACUGCAAUGCUUGAUGAUGAUGAUGACGACUUUGCUAAAAAACAAACUAGAACCAAACCAAAGGAUCCAAAACCUAAGGAAAUCACAUUGAGUACGCUUCUCAACAAUGUAGUUAUUUUAGAGGAAGCAGUAAAGGAAUUGGUUGCCAUAGUACAAGUUAGAAGAAGUCUGGGAAUUGAUGAAGUUAGAUAUUUAUAA